UGGAUUAGGGACGCUCUCUGCCACAAAAACCGAGAGAGAGAGAGAGAGUUGUUGAGCUUUCUCGACAGAUAAAAGCUUGUUUUCGCGAGUGACAAGAACAGACCAUUAACGUCAAUGGCUUCUCUGAAGCUUUCACCUUCUCCGCCGGUCUCCAUCCCCAAGAGGAAUGGGGGGUUUGUUGGUAGGAGAAGAAUCUCUCUGGUUGUAAGGUCAGAACAAGCUCCUCAUUUCUCAGCUUCUGAUGUUCUUCAAGAUAAAUGUAGCAGGCGCCAAAUAAUGUCCUUCGGUGUCAUUGCCCCUUGUAUCUCGUUGCUCAGCGAAGCUCAACCUUCAUUUGCUGCAGAAACGAAAAAGGGUUUCAUCGCUGUGUAUGACAAAAAAGAUGGGUAUUCCUUUCUCUAUCCGUUCGGGUGGCAGGAAGUUGCAAUUGCGGGUCAAGACAAGGUGUUCAAAGACGUGAUCGAGCCAUUAGAAAGCGUCAGUGUGAAUCUGUUCCCGACGAACAAGCAGACCAUUAAAGAGUUUGGCCCUCCUCAGCAGGUUGCUGAAACACUCAUAAAGAAAGUUCUGGCUCCUAUGAAUCAGAAAACAAACCUUAUCGAGGCAUCUGAGCAUGACGUUGAUGGAAAAACGUACUACCAGUUCGAGUUCACGGCUCAAGCUAGAAACUACACCCGUCAUGCUCUCAGCGCCAUCACUGUUUCCGACGGGAAAUUCUACACUUUGACGACGGGAGCCAACGAGAGAAGGUGGGAGAAGAUGAAAGAAAGGCUUCAUGCCGUUGUAGACUCCUUCAAGAUCUCAUAGUGAAGAGAGAGAGAGAGAGAGAGCUUCUUCACUUUCUUCAUUUGAUAUUGAACACUUCCACCACGCUCCAAUAACAUUGUUAAGAGUUUGCUGCGUAAAACUACAAUUGCAGAGUCUGAGAUUGAUUUUUUGUUCAUUCA